UUAAGUGAGGGCGGAAGAUGGCGGCGGCCGGGACGGGUCCGGGGGAUCCGGACGGGGGGCCCGAGGGGUCAAACCGCGAUCGGAGCGCUUUUGAGUGCAAUAUCUGUUUGGAGCCUGCAAGAGAAGCGGUUAUUGGCCUCUGCGGCCACUUAUAUUGCUGGCCUUGCCUUCACCAGUGGCUAGAAACGCGGCCUGAGCGCCAGGAGUGCCCUGUGUGCAAGGCAGGCAUCAGCCGCGACAAAGUCAUCCCCCUCUACGGCCGCGGUAGCUCGGCCCAGCAGGAUCCCAGGUUGAAGACUCCUCCUCGGCCACGGGGGCAGCGCCCGGAGCCUGAGUCCCGAGGGGGUGUGGGCGGCUUCCCUGAUGCAGCCACCGGCUUCCAUAUGGCGUUUGGCAUCGGUGCGUUCCCCUUUGGGUUUUUCGCUACCGGCUACAGUGGCCCAGGAGAAAGACCAGAGGCGGAUGUUGUCAGACCCUCGAGCUGGCAGGAUUCUCUGUUCCUCUUCAUCGCCAUCUUCUUCUUCUUCUGGCUGCUGAGCAUCUGACCGGACCUUACUGGACUUGCCCUAUGCUAAAGACUUCAGAACUGGAUAGGAGGGCUUUGAUAUUAGG